AUGAAGCUGAUAGUUUUUCUUAUCGCGAAAUGUUUUGCCGUGUUUCAGUGGCCAUCUCAUGGUUGGAUCCAAGGAAGUGGAUCGACCUGUUCUUUGCCAGUUGAAUCUGCAGUAAAUAGCACUUCUUGCCCGACGAUGUUUACUUGUUGGUAUCAGUUGGGCAUUACUUUUCAUAAACUGCACCCGGGCAAACUUGAAGAAGAUCACGAGCACUGCACUGAGGUAACCUGCUACUGCCCGCCUGCCCCUGAAUAUGCCUCAGAAGAAGUCAUGGAAGGAUGUCGAGUCUAUUACAGAGAAAUGGAAACGAGAUGGAAAGAUUGCCGCGAUCCCAGAUCUAAUGUCUUUCUAAAUCCAAAAUGCACUCGUGAUCGACCCGCCCAAAAUGCCCAAGCCUGGCGAAAAGUGCGCGAAGGUUUCAAUCGCUGGAAAGUCUUCCCUGCUCUGCCGCCUCGACAUUUUCUUGUCUGCAACUACUAG